CCAUCUUCCGGUAACCCUUUCUCAUCAAAAGAUCAUCGGAACCUGCAAAGAUGGAAAACCUCCGUUGCCAACAAGAAGUUGCCGCCGCUGCUGCCACCGCUGCUCCGUUAAAUUACGGUCAUAUCCCACUCGUGGAGCUCCAAUCGAAGACCCCUGUCAAUGUCAAUGAUUGGACCUCAAUUGAAGCUCUCAACAAUUCAUUGGAGAACAAGCCAGUUCAAAUCCGUGGGUGGUUGCAAACCAUUCGAUGUAAGAAGAUGAGAACAUUCUUAGUCAUCCGAGAAACUAGUUUCACCGUGCAGUGCGUGGUUCACUCACAGCCCGCUUUAGAGAAAUUUGCCGCCGCGCUCAGCAAGGAGUCUAUUGUCGAUGUUCAAGGUGACGUUUCCAUUCCGCCCUCUCCUAUUAAAGGUGCCACACAACAGGUUGAAAUUCAAGUCAGAAAAUUGUACUGUGUGAGUAAGGCCGCUACUCUGCCUAUUAAUAUCGAGGAUGCUGCUCGAAGUGAAUUUGAAAUUGAGGAGGCCAUUCAGGCUGGUAAACAACUUGCUCGUGUGAAACAGGAUACCCGAUUGAACUUUAGAGUACUUGAUCUACGAACACCAGCUAAUCAAGCAAUUUUCCGCAUUCAGUCUCGUGUUGGAAAUGAGUUCAGAAAAUUUUUAUUAGAUAAAAACUUUGUUGAAAUCCACACUCCAAAGUUAAUUGCUGGAUCUAGUGAGGGUGGAGCUGAUGUCUUUAGACUAGCGUACCAUGGACAACCUGCAUGCCUGGCUCAGUCACCUCAGCUUCACAAGCAAAUGUCAAUAUGUGCUGGCUUUGAGCGUGUUUUUGAAAUUGGUCCUGUGUUCAGAGCAGAAAAAUCCUUUACUCACAGGCAUUUGUGCGAGUUUACAGGUCUUGAUGUUGAAAUGGCGAUUAAGAUGCAUUAUUUUGAGGUUAUGGAUGUAGUUGACGAAUUAUUUGUCGCUAUUUUUAAUAGUUUGAAAACAAAUUGUAAGAAGGAUCUUGAAGCUGUGGCAACUUAUAAACCUUUAAAGUAUCUGCAAAAUACUCUACGGCUCACGUACGAAGAAGGUAUUCAGAUGCUCAAGGAAGAUGGAGUAGUAGAGGUUAAACCUUAUGGUGACUUGAAUACUGAAGCAGAAAAGAGACUAGGCCAACUAGUUUUAGAAAAGCAUGACACGGAGUUCUACAUCCUUCACCGGUAUCCAUUGGCCGUAAGGCCAUUUUAUACCAUGCCUUGCAAUGACAAUCCCAACUACUCUAACUCUUUUGAUGUCUUCCUCCGUGGUGAGGAGAUAAUUUCAGGAUCUCAGCGUAUCCAUGAGCUUAAACUUUUGGAAGAACGUGCACAGAAAUGCGGCAUUGACAUUACGACAAUUGCUACUUACCUUGAUGCUUUCAGAUUUGGUGCACCACCACAUGGUGGCUUUGGAGUAGGCUUGGAGCGUGUCGUGAUGCUCUACUUGGGAGAGGAUAACAUUCGUAAAACAUCGCUAUAUCCACGUGAUCCACACAGGAUAGUACCAUGAUCAUGUUUUAGCAUAUUAAAAAUAGUUUGCAUUUCAACACUUUCAAAUACUCUUGAAUUCAUGGAAAUCAUAUUCCUCUUGUAACUCCUCCACCACUCCAUCCAGCACACAAGAGACACAUGUUUUUGGUCCAUUCGUAUAUUGGUCAAUUAUUGUACGCUGGUUCUUUCUAUCUAUUUUCUAAAUUGACUUUAG